UUUAUAUUGUGUUUUUGAAUUUUUUUAUUCUAUUCGUUAAUUAAAUUUUUUACUAAUCGUUUUAAAUGAUGUCUUAUAAAACAUCGUCACUGAUGUCUAGUUAAAAUGUAUUUUUAUUAGUUGUUAUUUUAAUAUUUAUAUAUUUGGUUAAUAAAAGUACGUUAUCGUGAUCUUUUGUUUCCCGGACUAGUUUUUUUGUUUCAUUCUAUUACUGAUAGCAAAAAUGGGUACUGGUGACGAAGAAUACGAUUAUUUAUUUAAAGUUGUUCUUAUUGGUGAUUCUGGUGUUGGCAAAAGUAACCUGUUAGCAAGAUUUACACGCAAUGAAUUUAAUCUAGAAUCAAAAUCUACUAUCGGAGUAGAAUUUGCUACAAGAAGCAUUAAGGUAAAUAAGAAAAUAAUAAAAGCCCAAAUUUGGGACACUGCAGGACAAGAACGAUACAGAGCUAUAACAUCAGCUUAUUAUCGAGGAGCAGUUGGUGCACUAUUGGUUUAUGAUAUUGCCAAACAGCUAACUUAUCAAAAUGUAGAACGGUGGUUGAGUGAACUUCGUGAUCAUGCUGAUCAAAACAUAGUCAUUAUGUUAGUGGGUAACAAGUCAGAUUUGCGUCACUUAAGAGUUGUGCCAUCAGAUGAAGCUAGAGCAUUUGCUGAAGCUAAUAACUUGUCGUUUAUAGAAACUUCUGCUCUUGAUUCAACCAAUGUUGAAACUGCAUUUGAAAACAUUUUAACAGAAAUCCAUCGCAAAGUAUCAGCCCGUCAAAUGGAUAGUAUGGAUGGGGACGAAAUUGAUAAAGUGUGUAUGAAGCCAAUCAGGAUAGACGCAACUACUGCAAAUACAAAUGAUUCGGCUGCAUUCCAAAUCAAACAGUUUUGCUGCAAUGCGUCAGCUUGAGUAUCAAAAUUUAAGUCCACUUUUAAGUUUUAUAAGUGUUGUCCCUUUUUCCAUAUUUUAUUUUAAUAUUAUUUUGCAGAGCAGGUUUUUAAUUUAAGUUAAAUUACAAUUUUCUUACUUGCUUCUCAUUUUGGGGCUCUUAUCUCUUUAUUAUUUAAAAAAAUACAAAUUUUACUUAUAAUUCUA